GUAUGUACACAUAAUACGCAUGAGUCACUGGAGCGGUGAAAAUGUUCCAGGUUUUGGUCGACUUAUCGUGGUGGUAUAAUGUGCCACUGUUUACUGUAUGACGUGGAUUUAGUUUGUUGGUACUUUGGAUCCCUAACUGCUUAGUCGUUUCUGUGGCAUCGUGAUGUGUAAACUUCAGACGAAAGUUAAGCGUGUUUUACAUAAAUAUGUGCAGUUUUGAGUUGAUAGCUCACUAGCAUGGACAAGCAAACUCCGUGAGCUACACUGUUAGUUUGCAUAUUAUGAUCUGCAGGUCAAAAACUUGCUUAGCGAUUUAUAGUGCUGUAUUGUGUGUUUGUAUUGCGUGCCAUGCGUUGGCAGAACAUCUAUUUGUGCUAUUAAAGCCCUGGACUGUGCAUGCAUAGAAACAUGCGUGUGUAAGCCGUGGCUGUAAGGUGGUAGAUGCAUGUAAGAUGUUGGCAGAGACUGGUGGUCUAGCGUUGGCUGGAGCCGGCCUGGCCAUCACUACUAUCGUCGUGCUCAUCUAUGCUGUGGCCAUUUGCGUUUGUUGUCAGCAGAGACCAAAGUGUGAGGCUGUGAAGAUAGAUCAGCUGAUAUCAGUCAGAGCAGAAAAUACACUGGAUGUGCCCCCAGUGCAGAACCAGGAUUUGACCACGUCAGUCGUCAAUGCCGAACCGGACAGUGGGCGAUACAGCAAUGGUGACGCGCCCAGCAGUCCUACUGCUAGUCCCGAAAACAAUGUCAUGAACACCUCGUCAACGUCGUCCGAAAUAAGGCACGAAAACAAGACCAGCCGCCGGCUUCCCGAACCGCCUCCUUUGGUCACGAGGGAGGACAGCGCGGCAUCGUCAGAGGGCGCCACUGCGGACGUGAAUCGGGACGUCCAGGGCGUCGACAAUGAGUCCGAGCUUUAUGCGUCGGUCAGCGAUGACGUUGCGGUGCAAGUCAGUUUGGACGCCAGAGGGCGCCCCGAGCCACCUUAUGCCAAGGUGAAGAAGCCCAAUGCUGCAGCCGAGCCGGAGCCGCCAUACUCCAAGGUGACUCCUCCGUUCACGGCCGUGCAGGGAGCCAUCCAGGGCUCGGGCGAGGACUCGGCUGGCUACACUAUCGUCAGGGAGCCCGCGCCCGACUACAGCACGGCCGAGCCAGAGGACGUGUACGAAUCAGUGCAGGAUGCGGAAGCACCCCCACCCGUACCAGCAAAAAACUUUAGUCCUGAUGAGAUGGAGUGCGAUGCCAGUCCAGGAGCCGUUGGUGGCUAUCCACCAGGCAUUGCCCCUGCUAGCGUCACGGCUGUACAGUCUACAAGCAGGGCAGACAGCAAAGAGAGCUCUUACUUCAGUAUAGGCAUCCGGGAGCCAUUGGAAAACCUCAAGGCGCGUGAGCAGACGAGGCAACUCGAGCGAGAGAGGCAGCAGAAUGUUGUCACGACGAGCGGGGCUUCCACCGACGAGGAACAUUACUACACGACAGUUCACAGCGAUUACGGCGACUCGGAUAUGUACGCUCAGGUUGGGCCGAGAGUCACUGUAGAGGCAAGGGACGGUACGACGCAUGAGUCUGGCUGCAACAGCCCUGCGAGUGAGCUGUAUGCAGAGAUCGAUGCGCGCUCUGGUGGCCAGGGUUCGAACCGGAGCUCACUCUAUGCAAAGGUGAACUACGGCAGUGCUGGGAACAGCCGGCAUGACCCUCCUCCUGAGCCACCUGCCGUGGAGCGACUCUAUAACAUUACCUAUGGCAUGGCGUCAGCGCCGACUGUGCCGUCAACGCCGCCGCCUCGCGCGUCGUCACGGCCUGCCAGCGAGCACGUGUCAACGUCGCCGACUCUGUCAACGAGCGUCACCGACCUUUACGCCGUCGUCGACCGAUCGCGCAAGAAAACAAACAAGCGGCGCUCGUCGCCGGGCGUGGACUCGCCCGACGGCGGCCGAUCGCGUCACUCGGUGCCAGAUGGCGCCGGCGGGCGGCCUCCGGGACGGCGAGCGCCCGACGCGCGUUGCCGCGGCGACAAGACGGGCAGCCUGACGCGGCACGUCAGCGGCGCCCUCUACUGCUCGUCGGCGUCGAUAACGUUCAUCGACGACAUCGACGACGCUGACGACGACAGCGACGAUGACGGCGGCGAGCCGAACUACAGCACGGUCGAGGAGACGGUUGCCGCGGCGACGGGCCCGCUCGUCGUCACGCACUCGCGUCAGUCGAGCCUCAACUACGAGGAGUCGUGGCAGCAGCUGGAACAGCAGAGCAGCGGUGCGGCGGGGGAGACGGCGAAUCCGCACGGGCUCGUGCACAUCAGCCGGCACCGGCCGACGGCGAAUUUGUGGAUGCGGCCGGAGCACAUCUACCAGGAGCUGGAUCCUGAGCUGGUGCGCCGACGCAAGGACAGUGCGCAGAAGAAGGCCCGCCGAAAGCAGGAGGAGGAGGAGAAGAGGAUGAUGCUCCAGGAGCUAGAGGAGGAGGGGGAGAAGAAGAGGAGGUCCCAUUGGGAGGUAGAGGAGGAGGAGAGAAGGAGGUCGCACCACCGGGAGCUAGAAAAGAAGGAUAAGAGGAGCUCGCAUAGGGAAACGGAGGAGGGGGAAAAGAGGAGAUCGCAUCGGGAGCUAGAGGAGGAGGAGAGAAGGAGGUCCCACCGGGAGCUGGAAGAGGAGGAUAAGAGGAUGCGGCGGAAGCGGGAGGAGGAGGAGGAGGAGAAAAGUAUGCUCUGGGCACGCGAGAGAAAGGAGGAGGAGAUGCAGUGGACGGACAGUGUGCAGAGGAAGGCCCGCCGAAAACGGGAGGAGGAAGAGAAGGAUGCAGAGGAGGAGAAAAGUAGAACACGUCAGGGGUGGGAAAGUAAGGAGCAGGAGAUGCAGUGGCUGGACAGCAUGCAGAGGAAGGCACGACGAGAACGGGAGGAGGAGGAAGUGAAGCAGAGGAAGAUGCAGAGGAAGCGAGAGAGUCAGGAGGAGGAAGAGCAGCAGAGGAAGAUGCAGAGAGAGCGUGGGAGCCACGAGGACGAGAAUCAGCAUCAGCGACAUUCUGCGCAGGUGAGUCCGCACAGAGAGUGGGAGAAGGGAGAGGACGAGAGGAGGCGGAAGGAGAUGCGGGAAAGGCGAUCGAACCCGGGUAGUGGCGUGGAGGGUUACGAUGACAUGGAGGAGGAGCUAAGCACCCGAUUCUGAUCGGGGUGAGGUCUUCUGAUAAUCAACUGUGAGACAAUAAUGUUAUGGCCACUUCUCGAAGCAGAUCCCCAGUUUGUCUCUGCCGUAGGUGCUUUUGCGUGUUCAAGAUAGCCGGUGUUUGACUGUACCUAGUGCAGAGUCACAAUUUCUCCGUGUAACUUAUUUCUCAUGAGACAGAAAGUGUGUCCGCGGUGCCAUCAGAGUAGCUAUGUACAUUGUCGAUGUGUUAUAAAUUAUAUAAGUAAUGAAUGUGCGCUGUAAAUACGAGUUACCAGUGAGGGUAGCAAUUGAUAUACCUUGUGCGUGCAUAAUGAAGCAAUUUAUUAUUAUGUUAUCAAUUAUUUCUAUUAAUAAAAGUUAAAGUUAAAACCUUCCCGCGCC